AUGCUUACAAGCGAAGGUGCGUCCUACUUUUCUUGGGAAAGGUUGGCUGUGAUCUGGCGAGAAACCAACACGAUGUAUAGUGAUGUCCUCAAACGACAUGUUCGCUCGUGUAAUGGGUCGGAUAAGUCGACUGUUGCCCUGGUCUCAUGGACUUCUGGUCCGGCGAAUGCCCGAAGAAAAGCCUGCCAUCAUUGUGUGAGGCUGAAACGACGAUGCAAUCUGAAAUCGCCGUGUGGAACCUGUCUCGAACAGCAGAAAUAUUGCGAAUAUCCUGCCCAUGCCCGGCGUCUUCGAAAUGAUGCCAGAGACCCAGCCGCGGAAGAACACAUCCCCACCGUGGCAAUGGACCAGUCAAACACUUCACCAACAGCGUAUUCUUGUCGGGAAGUUGUUUCAACAGAUAACGAUCUUGCGAGGAAUCGUCCAUCAUCGUCACCACCUGACCAGGCCGAAUGCUCUGGAAUUGCGCUCUUAGACGUUGUGCCCACACCCACAACCACACCAUCAAAUCAAUGGUGUCGUCGGUCAACAGAAGAGUUAGGGUUACAAGGGCAAUCACAGGUCGCCGACUUCUUGGUGGCCUUGUCCUUGCUACCUCCUUUCCCUCGAGAUCCUGCAGUCUCGUUCUCUUUCCUGGCUCGUUUCACCUACGACGGCGCCGGGUUGGUAUAUGUCUUUGAAUCCGACGCCGUACUGCACACGCUGAGAAAAGCUUCCAUGAAAAUGUUAUUCAAAAGUCGCGGAGGGGCGUCAGCUGUUUGCGACAUUGAGGUCGAAGCCGAAGCCGAAGCCGCCAUUGACCCGAUGUCAAUACAGGACGAUACCAUGGGAUCCUGUGUCUGGCCAGGAUACCAAGCCUGUUCCCCUGACACGAUAGAGCUCGCUGACGGAUCUAGCGAUGGUAACAUCACUGCUCUGGAUUUUGAUCCUGGCGAUUCAUCGUCACUAUUCAGCCGAUCUCCAAUAACUAAAGUGGCAGACAAUCAUUUCAACGGGUACGAAUCAAGCCUGGUGUUGAGUCCGUUGUGGAGAGGAGAUGAAUUGGCAACCAAGACGCUCGAGAUCAGCCGUGCUUUACGCAGAACGGUGAUUGACGCUCAAGCAGGUGGCAGUCCCCAGGGGCGAUUUUCCUGGUCACCCGUCAUGGAGGCUGCUUGUCGAGACUUCUUCUCACCACCCAGAAUCCGCAUAUUCCUUGAGGCAUAUUGGAGUAUUUGGUCUCCCAAUUGUCCCGUCGUCCAUCGACCAACGUUCGAUAUUAUGUCGACGCCGACAACCCUUCUGACUGCAAUGGUCGUGAUGGGUGCCUGCCACUCUCCAAGCUCAGCCGACCGCGUCAAUGCCAGGUGUUGGUAUGACUGUGUGGAGGAGAUGGUGUUCAAAGACACAUAUAUCUCCUUCGCAAUAUCAUCAUCGAACAGUGACUGCCAAUGGAGUCGUCACGCAUAUAACAGACGACGCAUGGUACAGGCCAUCCAGGCCGCCUACGCCGUGUGCGUCUAUCAGAACUGGGAUGGCAGCCAAGCCUCCCAGUUGAGAAUCCGCCGACAGCGAUUCAAUGAAAUGGUAGCGGUGGCCCGAGUCCUCGGAUUCUCUUCAGCUAGGCACCCUGACUUGACCGAUCUGAGAAGGUCUACCUUUGAUUGGCGAGAAUUCAUCCUUACAGAGGAGAUGAUUCGAACGCUUCUCUGGGUCUACCUCCUCGAUUCAGCCUUUGUCAUAUUCAACAACAUGCCUCCGCGACUAGCCUUGAGAGAGCUCGGUAUGGGACUCGCCUGUAGCGAAGCGUGUUUCCAAGCCGAAGACGCUUCCUCGUGUUACAAUUACCUCAAGCUCUGGGGUACCCGGGUGGGCAGGCCGAGGGACACGUCGCUCUACUCACUCAUCAAGUCGUUCUGUUCUGGUACGAUGGACAGUGGUCGGUUGGAUCAUGCGUCGCACGAAGGGUUCAUGAAUCUGUGGUGUGUCGUAGGAUCAUUUCACAUUAUGAUAUUCAAUCUCGAACCUUCGAUCGCACCAAAGGCCCAAUUCGCACACAUCCGGAUGGGUCUCGCGAAUUGGAAAGCUGUGUGGAACCAACGUACCCUGAACGACGACGAGCGCUUUUUCGACGUCCCCGUCACCACAGGCUUGACCCGUAGCAACAGCAAAGACGGCGACCAAAAUCAGCACCAAGAUGCAAAUGAAAAACUGGCCCAGCCCCCACCUCACCAAAUACCUGAAGAUGAACCGAGUAUGUGGAAGAGAUCAGGAUUCUGGAGACAUGCACCGGAGUAUUGGCUUCUUGCGAACCUGUAUCUCGACCGGAUGGAAUACGGCAUCUCCGUCGGGCCUGGUGAUCAGGGAGCUACAAGUUUCGACCCUAAACCCCAGCACGACGACACUUCCAUGUCCUGGUUGAGGGAUCUUAUCAUGAAGUUCUAG